AUCCCAGAGUCUGAAGUCGACAUGAAGUCUGCAGAGGAAGAUGCGUAUGGCUUCACGCCAAACAUCAGUCUGUCCCUCCCCCUGGGGAGCCCCUGCCUCCCCUCUCAGUACCACAGCCUCCAGUCCGGUCCCUCCAUAUCCGUCUCGGUCGCCGAGCCUCAGGGCUUCGACUCCCCAGAAGAGCUGAGGACCACCGGCUUCUACUCUGGGGUCCGCCCGAACGGGGCCCCGACCCUGGAGAGCCCUCGCAUAGAAAUCACGGCCUACAGUCAGUUCCCCGAGGAGGAGGUGGAGGGGAGCAGCCUCCCCGUUGCCAAGCGAGUCAACUCCAUCAUGACCCUGACCCUCCCCAGCGCCGAUGGUUACCGCGACCCGAGCUGCCUGAGUCCGGCCAGCAGCGUGUCGUCACGCAGCGGCCUCUCCGACGCUUCCUACGAGUCCGGCUUCUCCUACAACUACGACAACUCGCCCCAGAACUCCCCCUGGCAGUCCCCCUCUCUGUCCCCCAAAGGUUCCACCCUCGCCCUGCCAGGUGAGGGCGGAGCCUCCGGUGGCUCCCCUCGUCACUCCCCCUCCACCUCCCCUCGUGCGAGCGUCACGGACGACACCUGGAUGGGGCCCCGCGGCUCCAGGCCCAGCUCCCCCUGUGGAGCCAAGAGGAAGUACAGCUUCAACGGCAGCGAAGGGUCGCACAAGAGCUUCCUGUACUCCCCCACCCACUCCCCUGGCCCGUCCCCUCAGACCUCCCCCCGCCUCAGCGUGACGGAGGAGAGCUGGCUGCCCAACACCAACCAGUACACCAACUCCGCCAUCCUGGCAGCCAUCAACGCCCUGACCACAGACGGGGACCUGGGAGACGGGAUCCCCAUAAAGGCCAGGAAGACGAGCCUGGACCACAGCCCCACGGUGAGCCUGAAGGUGGAGCCCAGAGGCGAGGACCUGAGCCUGAGGGACCUCUGUCAGGAUGAGGUCUCUGCGAACCGACUGACCCUCAAGAAGGAGGGUUUCUGUGGGGGCUUCCUGGAUGUUCCACAGCCCCCGUACUCCUGGUCCAAACCUAAACCCCACAUCAGCCCGGCUCUGCCGGCUCUGGACUGGCAGCUGCCGUCCAGCUUGGGUCCGUACAGCCUGCAGAUCGAAGUCCAACCCAAGUCCCACCACCGGGCCCACUAUGAGACGGAGGGCAGCCGGGGGGCAGUGAAGGCGCUGGCAGGAGGACACCCGGUCGUCCAGCUUCACGGCUACAUGGAGAGCGAGCCGCUGACCCUGCAGCUCUUCAUCGGCACCGCCGACGACCGGCUGCUGAGGCCCCAUGCCUUCUACCAGGUCCACCGCAUCACGGGCAAGACGGUGUCCACACCGAGCCACGAGGUCCUGCACAACAACACCAAGGUUCUGGAGAUCCCGCUGCUGCCGGAGAACAACAUGCGGGCCAUAAUCGACUGCGCUGGAAUCUUGAAGCUGCGGAACUCCGACAUCGAGCUGAGGAAGGGCGAGACUGACAUCGGUCGGAAGAACACGCGUGUGCGGAUGGUUUUCAGAGUCCACAUCAACCAGUCCACCGGCAGGACGGCGUCCCUGCAGGUUGCAUCCAACCCCAUCGAGUGCUCCCAGAGAUCGGCCCAGGAGCUGCCGCUGGUGGACAAGCAGAGCCUGGAGACGGGUCCGGCCUCCGGGGGGGACAGGAUGCUCCUGCACGGCCUCAACUUCCAGCACGACUCCAAGGUGGUGUUCGUGGAGAAGGCUCAAGAUGGACACCACCUGUGGGAGGCAGAAGCCAAGGUGGAGAGCGACGCCUCCAGACCCAACCUGCUGCUGGUUGAAGUCCCUCCCUUCAGAACCCAGCGCCUGUCCGGUCCGGUCCACGUCAGCUUCUACGUCUGCAGCGGCAAGAGGAAGCGGAGCCAGUACCAGCGCUUCACCUACGUCCCUGCAGCAGUCCCGACGAUAAAGGCGGAGCCUCACGACGACUUCGACGCCCCCCUGGUGUGCGCCCGCCACGCCUCUGGCCCGUCCCUGCACUCGAAGCCCUUUCACCCCCCUCUGGACGUGACCCCAAUGAUCUCGGACCUCCGAGCUGCAGUGGGCGGGGCUUACUCUGUCAGCCAGCAGAGGCCGGCCCCCAAGCCAUCCUCGCUGACCCCCUCUCCGAGCACCAGCCCCAAACUUCACGACCUGUCUCCGUCACUGUUCUCCAAGUGCCUCCACCAGCCAGGCCCUCCGCCUCAGGUCCCUCAUGUGUCCAUCAUCCAGGAGACUCCGGGGCGGUACCAGCCCCCAGAUCUCCUCCCACCCAGCAGCUCUUCUCCUCCUGCAGCCUCCUCGCAGCCCUCCACCCCAACCGACACCUCCUUCUCGUCACCUCAGCCGGGCGGUCCAGAAUCCCACCAACUCCCCAAGGAGCCAGAGAGGAGCCGGACCUCUCUGCAGGAGGAUGGCAGUCCCCCAACUCUGACUAUCAGCAUCAAACAGGAACCACAAGAACUGGACCAGGUCUACCUGGAUGAUGUCAACGAGAUCAUCAGGAACGACCUGUCCAGCAUCUCCGUCCACAGCCAUGCCUAGAACCCCCCCGACCCGACCUGAACAGAACCGACGCAGGAAGUGAGAGGAUCGUUUGAACCGUUCGACCUGUGUCAGACUACAGCGAGCUGUAAAUAAUGUGCUCCACCUCCAGCUUC